AGAUGUUAUAGGCUGGUAGUGUUGGGUGAGUGUUUACGGCAGACAUUAAGAGUGUUGGACGCCGGCCUCUCACACUCUCUCUCUCUCUCUCUUGAGCCCCACAACCACCACAACCAUAAUAACCUGACUUGUGGCACCACCUACAACCCGGCACCACCGUGACAGUUGUGGACCAAGCUCAGACCCCCAGACAACACCACUGUGGUGAGGAUGCCUGGAUACUACGACAAAGGGGAAUAUGACUCGCGGGUCAGUGGUGGGAGUAGUGGCAGCCGCUACAGAGGACGAGGUCGAGGACGUGGCAACUACAGCUGGGGAAGUAGAGGCAGCAGUGCUGGAGGUGGUGGAAGGGGCUAUAACCGAGGCGGUGGAAGUGCCUACAACAGUGGCAGAUACCGUGGUGGUGGCGGUGGCGGACACGGCGCUUCCGGUGGUUACAGAGAGUCUGGUGGUCAUGACAGAUACCACGAGUCUCGGAGAUCAAGUUCACAGAUGGACGAGUGGGAGGACAUGGGGCCAAGAGAGUCAUCUUCCGGUUAUUCAUCUCGCAUGCACUCUCAUGGGGCAAUGUCUAGCGGAGGCGGCACGUCGGAUCUGAUCGGCUCCCUCAGUCAGCUCAGUCGAAUGGGAAAUGACAGAUCCAAGCUGGCUCUGAAUAUCUUGAAUGCUGUUUUGUCUACAGAUUCGUCAGUUGGAGAAAGCCUUGAUGAUUGGGACGAUGGACCUCCUGCCAGGAAAAGACGCAUGGAUUGGGAUGGAAUGCAUCAACCACCUGUGCGCAAGUAUCCCCAGCGUGACCACUACAACCCCCGGCGCACCUGGGAACGCCGCGGAAGAGGCGGCCACGCCUACGGCCCCAGUGAACAUCACGACGGGAAUGAGUACCAAUCCAGGAAAGUGGUAAAGGCCCGGCGUGGUAAGCCCUGGCACGAUACCAGGAGUAGUAAGGGCCCUGCUAAGGACCAGAAGGUGAGGGAUGAGGCAAAAUCAUCAGAUGACCCAGAGGGGGAUAAUGCUGAUGCAGAGGAUGUGGAACUUGCAGCUGAUGCCAGCCUGAGUGAUGCGGAGGUGGCAAAGGAAGAGGCAGAGCAGGAGGGCAAGGAGGCCGAGGAGGCACUGAAGGAUGAUAAGGAAGCCACUAGUGAGGGAGCCGCCGAGGCUGAUGCGCAACAUGGCACUGAGGAGAAGAAAGAUAAAGAAAAACAGAAGGAAGAUUUCACAAAUCUGCCAAAGGAAGCCCUCCACUGUCACAUGUGUGAUAUCACCAAUUUCCCUAAUGUCAAGGCAUACUUAUGGCACCUGAAGAGCAGACAACACAGGAACACGAAGCCAUUCCACAAAAAGGGUACCGCCGUUCUUCAUUUUCUUCGGGCCGAGUCCAGGCUUGCGGCACAACGCAGAAUGUUGAAGUGUCAGAGACGAGGUCUGAAAGGCCCCAUCAUGAACUGUCGCAAGUGUCACUGUGACGUCUUCGGAAACAUAAGAGAUCACGUCAAGACCAUAGAGCACAUUGUAUUGAGGAACUACCUGCGUGUUGAAUGCUGCAACAACACCUACUUCAACAGGGCAGAUCUGGAUGAACACAGACUCUCUCUCCUCCACCUUAAGAAUGAGUACGAGCUGGCGCAGAAACAGGAGGAAGAGGAGGAGGAGGCGGCAGAGGACACCGGUGUUGCCGAGAACGAGGAAGGGAAGCUGUUGGCUAAAGCUAUACGUCAACUGAAGAAGAAAAGCAAGUAUGCAGAAGUCGUGAACCCAGAAACACUGAUGCCCUAUGACCCGUCCGUACCCCAAGGAUUAAACGUCAUCAAGAAGAAGAUACAGUACCGGUGUGGGGCGUGCCCUCAGGUGCGAUUGCACACCUCAAAGGACACAGAGGAACACUUUAAAUCCCUCGAUCAUUACAACAACUUACUGAAUCAUCUCAAGAAAUUGGAGGAGGAGAAAGAACUGGAGAAAAAGAGGCUCGAAGAAGAGGCUCAAAAGGCAGAACUCGAGAAAAAGAAACGUGAAGAGGAAGCAUUGAAGAAAGAAAAGGAAGCUGAAACCAAGAAGAAGAAUGGGGAACAGGAUGAAGGGGAAGAGAUAAGUUUUGAGGACAUGCACAACAUGGAAACUGUAGAUGAAGCGUCGGAUGACGGAGACAUGGACACUAGCGCCGAAGUCAACAAUGAAGCGGCCGAGGAUGAAGAGGAAGACCAGGUACACAGCGAUGAUGAUGAUGAUGACGAUGAUGGAGGAGAGGAACCAGAAAGCUGUGAGGAUGCAGAGGAGAUGGAGGCAGAGGAGGAGGAGGAAGAGAUAGACGAGGAAGAGCAGGCGGACACGGUGGCAGCAGAAAUAUCCACAAAGAAAAACGAGUCCAGUGAAAAGCUAGAGAGUGAAGUUGGUGAGGACGAGGAGUGCAGUAUAAAGGAAGACAAACAAAUGGCAGAGGAAGAAGCGAGUGAAACAAAGGAAUUGGCAGAUGUAAUGAAGUCUGAGGAAGGAGGAGGGGAAAAUGAGCAGGAGCCGUCUGUGGCAGUGGAGGAAGACGACGACGCGUCUGGCGAGGCCAAGACCAAGAGCGGCGGAGCAGUGGCUACACCCCGAGCCAGAAGGGGUAGAGGGAGAGGCCGAGGACGCUCCACCAAGAACUAAGUGACAUCAGCCCGUCAUUAAUGUAGACUUGUUUAAAGAGAAGAGGUUUGUCUUUAGCAGAGUCCUCAACAUGUAGCUGAUCACUUUGUCACUGAUAGGUUUUAUGAAGAUUGGUUUAUUGUAACUGAGGUGGUUUGAUUGGUUUCUCAAGCUUUCUCUGUAAACAAGCUUAAGAGGAGGAAUGAAAUCAAGCCACCUUGGGUAAACUUACUUGAUGCAGCACUGAUGCUGUCACAUAAGGUGAACACUUGUAGUUAAUGGGUGUAGAAGCCCAGGACUGACUUUGUUUUGUGGAAAUUAUCAGUAAAGUCGGUCUUGUACUUUGUGUUGCCAAUUAUUGGGUACAUAACUGGAAUUAUUGCUCACAUACUAAAAGUUUUGAUGUUAAAUUUGCUGCUGCGACUAACAGAUAAUUGAGCAAUAAAUUGUCAAAGUUAAAUAUUUAGCACAAAUUGUGUGUGAAUCUUUGAAAAACUAUCACUUCAUGAAUGAUGAUGAUGGCGGCAUCUAGUGUCAUAUUUUAGUGGAAAAUUUCAUCGUAAUGGGUUUUAGCCUAAGAUUUAUUCUUUAUAACGAUGCUUAAUUCUAGUUGGCAGAAACUGUGAGGCGUUUCAUAAGAAAAGUGUUGAUGCUUUACACCUUGGCAUGUAGGAAGGUCAAUUAUGAUGGAGAGUGAAGAAUGUACUCGUCACUUAUUGAAGCCACCGACCAAACUGUAACCUGAUGUAUGGCAUGUGCGACCCAACUGUUAUUGGCUGUACCAGUACCUUUUAAGGAUGCUACCAAGGAUGUUAAUUAUGUAUUUUACUGUGAAUGAAACUGACAUAACCUGUAUCUGUUACUUAUAAUUGGUUUACAUAUGGCAUUCAUGCAAUUGGAAAAUAUUUUUUUUUCAUUUUUGUCUCCUAAAAUAUACACUGCUAGCACAGAUUGUUAGAAAUUUUAGUUUUGAUUCAUAUGCAUCAUAUUGUUCCAUAAUGUUUAGGUCAGUAAGAGUAGUUUUGAGCUAGCAGUGCUGUACAUGGCCAUAGGAUGUCAUGUUUUUACUACAUACCGUAUUAGGACAAGGACGGCACAAUUUGCCACGUUAAAUUAGUAAUAAGAUUACAAUAAAACUUUCCACUGUCCCAAAA